UGCUGGCAUGUUUUCGGAGUUAAGUGACAUUGGCCAGGCGGUGUAGCAGAAAGUGGUCUGAUAAAGCCUGCAAUGAAUUUCUGUAGAUCGACUUCGUUGCUGUUCAGCGGAAUUAGGAUUAACUUGUCCAGGGCUCUCCUGAAGCAGGGUCCUGUGUGCGGUCCCUCCUACCUCCGUCCAGCCAGCAGCUGGGUCCUGUCCCACGCGGCCGCGGACUGCCCAGCCCUGCCCGGCGGGCUGCUGAGACGGACAGGCACCCCGGGGCCCCUGCAGGGGCUGCCCUGGCACCAGCAGGUCCGCACCCGCAAGCGCGGCCUGGAGUACCAGCCCAACAACAUCAAGAGGAAGCGCACCCACGGGUGGAUCAAGAGGAUCAGCUCGCGAGGCGGGAUCGAGGUGAUCCUGCGGCGCAUGCUCAAGGGGAGGAAGUCGCUGACGCACUGAAGUCUGGGCCCGGGGCGUCCCAAGGCGGACGUUUGAGUUAUGGCUCCAACCCAGGGCUCGUCGCCCCUGGCGCUGGGCCGAAAUGCGUGUGCUUGGCCGAGCAUCCUGCAGCCAACUCCCAGCAUGCUUUGCAGCUCAUUCCACGUCUCCCAGCGUGCUGGUCUCCUCGAUUGCCUGUCUGGCCUGGGCAGCAUGUCUACAAACAAACAGUCUGGUCUAUUUAAAAGCUCGCUGUCGUGCCCGGUUUUAUGUGCUCACAUCUAAGAACGCUUUUUCUUCACCGGACUUUUCUGAAUUCAUUAGUGGAUGAACGGAAUAAAACGUGCUGAUGUUCCAAUGAAGAUGUGUCGUUACGGGCUUUUGUUUUUUCUCCUCAACUAAUAAAGCAGUUUUAUGUAACCUACUGUAUGACUACUAUACCUUUUACUGGUGUUCUUUAAAUCUCUAAAAAUACAAACUGGUGAGGAAUA